AUACUCAGCGUAUUAUUGGAACGUAAUGUGUGUCUGAAACGUUACAGGAAUGCCGUUAUCCACCCUCAAUAUGUCUUAUGGAAUUCAGAAUCAUCGAGAAUGGCAGAGAAGAAAGUGUACCGUUGAGUUUAAAGUCAGGUGUACCAAGGAACAGUGAAAAGCUUUUGUUGCGCGCUAACCAGUCAGCAGAAAGACAAUACAUGAUUACAAUCGAACCAUUCACAGUGUACAGAUACAUGAUAAGGGAGUAACAUUUAGUGCAAGGUAAAGCCAGUAAAGUCUGAUCAAAGAUAGACCGAGGGUUACCAAUGAAGUAGAUAGUAGUUCAGGACUGCUCUUCAUUUUGAUGCAAGGGAGGUGAUAAUCCUCGUUUCGGGGGUGGGGGGAAGGAGGGACGAUAUUGAAUACUUUUGUAACUAUGUUGGCACCCUUUACUCUUGCAUACAUGUACUGUGUGCAAACAAAGAAUCUCACUGCACCAAGUACACGUGAUAAUAUCACUCCAUGUUUUUACUCAAUGCAGGUGCCAGACUGAGACCCCUUCCUGAUCUCCAACACAAGGGACUCUCUCUGCCCGAGCCGACUGCUUGCUCCUUUCCCGGGGUGAUGUCCGUGACUGAGAGCCCCCCCGAAAAGGAACACGCGGGCCGUGUCCACGGGCACCCUGGGGAUUUCGGGACCAAUGUGCCUCGACUGCAGGGGACCGAAUGCAUCCGAGACCUGUUGUCAAGCUGGAAACGGUACAGAGAAGAUUUACAAGGAUGUUGCCAGGACCCGAGGGUCUGAGCUGUAGGGAGAGGUCAAGUAGGCUGGGACUCUAUUCUUGGGAGCGCAGGAGGAUGUGGGGUAAUCUUCUAGAGGUGUGUAAAAUCAUGAGAGGAAUAGAUUGGGUACACAUAGAGUCUUUUGCCCUGAGUAGGUGAAUCGAGGACCAGAGGACACGGGUUUAAGAUGAUGGGGAAAAGAUUUCAUAGGAAUCUGAGGGGUCACUUUUUCACACAAAGGGUGGUGGGUGGAUGAUACAAGCUGCCAGAGGAGGUAGUUGACACAUGGACAAUCGCAAUGUUUAAUAAAAAGACAGGUACAUGGAUAGGACAGGUUUGUAGGGAUAUGGACCAUACACAGGCAAAUGGGACUGAAAGGGAAUUGCAUUUAGUGCAAGAUAAAGUCCAGUAAAGUCCGAUCAAAGAUGGAAUGAGUUGCCGGAGGAGGUAUAUGAGGCAAGGACUAUUGCAACAUUUAAGAAACAACUAGAUAGGUACAUGGAUAGGAUAGGUUUAGAGGGAUGUGGGCCAAAUGCAGGUAGGUGGGACUAGUGCAGAUGGGACAUGUUGGUCGGUGUGGGCAAGUUGGGCCGAAGGGCCUGUUUCCAUGCUGUUUCACUCUAAGAUAGUUUGAGGCUGUGUCUUUCAAUAAUUUUUAAGGCAGAGAUAGACAGAUUCUUGGUUAGUACGGGUGUCAGGGGUUAUGGGGAGAAGGCAGGAGAAUGGUGUUGAGAGAGAAAGAUAGAUCAGCCAUGACUGAAUGACGGAGUAGACUUGAUGGGCCGAAUGGUCUAAUCCUGCUCCUAUCACGUAUGAAUCAAUCAGUGAAACUAGCUGGCAGUAACUUAACCAGGCAGAUGGAGAAGGUAUGACUAUCUCUGGACGCUAAGGGGAGCUACAAUGCUAUUUUGUGGCUUGUUGGGGAGGGAGGAGGGUGGGGGGAGAUGGGAUUGAACAGACUAGCUCAAGGGAGCUGGCACUCGGUGAGUUAUUGAGCCUCCGCUUGCAUUCUGUGGCUGGUCGCCUCACCUGCCUCGUCCCAAUACCUGUGUUAUUCCACCGACUACUUUCUAAAUGGGGGUCGGCGGUCUGUGACCGACUUGGGCCGGUGCAGAGAGGCAAGAACCGGCCGGUGGUGAGAGAGAGAGAAGGCAGCGUCGCUCCUGCAAGAUCCCAGAGAUAUGCUGCCUCACCAGCUGAGUUACUCCAGCUUUUUGUGUCUGUCUACGGUUUAAACCAGCAUCUGCAGUUCCUUCCUACACAUAACCAUAAGAUGGCUGUGGUCAACUGUCAAAGACCUGAGGGCAUAACUUCAAGGGUCAGCUUGGAGAAGUAGCACGCCUGCUUGAGUUUCACCUGAGCUGCGGGCACUGGUCGGGGAAGGUGACCACAGCCUUGCUGGCCACUGGUAUUUCAAAGUUGUCCUGGAACGUGUUGCCGUGCCUUGCUGCAGAUCAUAUAUCCACUUCAGACAGGACCAUCCUGGAGGCAGCUGCUGCCUUUGUGUAGCCACCAUGAACCUGGGCUGCCUGAGCUACCUGCUACUGACUGCUACCAUUCUGUGCACAGCGGCACUCCACCAGCUCACCAGCACGGAGCAGGAGCAGAUCCCGAGAAUUGUCUUCACUCACAAUGACACAAACAGAGUGGUCAAACUGUUCUACAGAGACGGCGUACACAACUACACCAAGCUGUUGUUGAGUGCUGAUGGAGGAGCCCUCUAUGUCGGGGCAAGAGACGCCGUCUUCUCUCUGGAUGUUUUAGAUAUUGCUCCCAACCAAUUCAAGAAUGAGGUGGUUUGGGAAGCUCCAGAGCAGAAGAGGAAGGAAUGUCACUUUAAAGGGAAGAGUCUAUCGAGCGACUGCUUCAAUUACAUGAAGAUCCUGCUGCAGCUGAACCGGACUCAUGUCUAUGUUUGUGGGACGUAUGCCUUCAGCCCCACCUGUGCUUACAUUCAAAUUGCAGACUUCUCUCUUGUGAAAAGUUCCCAUGGUAAUCUUCUAACGGAGGAUGGGAAAGGCCGAUGUCCUUUUGACUCCACAUAUAAGUCAACUGCAAUUAUGGUUGAGGAGGAAUUAUAUGCAGGAACUGUCAGCAACUUUCAAGGCAAUGAACCAAUUAUUUCCAGAAGUCUGGGGAAUAAACCACCGUUAAAGACAGAGAAUUCUCUCAAUUGGCUUCAGGAUCCAUCAUUCGUGGGUUCGGAGUUUAUCCAGGAGAAUCCCGGCACAGAUGAUGGGAAGAUUUAUUUCUUCUUCAGUGAAACUGGCAAAGAAUUUGAUUUUUUUGAGAAUACGAUCGUUUCACGGAUAGCCCGAAUUUGUGACGGAGACAUUGGAGGGGAGCGAGUUCUUCAGAAAAGGUGGACAACGUUCCUGAAAGCCCAGCUCUCCUGCUCUCUCCCAGAUGAUGGCUUCCCAUUUAAUGUCAUUCAGGAUAUGUUUGUUCUGUCUCCGGGAAAAGAAUAUUGGAAAAACAUAACCUUUUAUGGAGUCUUUAGUUCCCAGUGGUAUAAAGGUGGAGCAGCAUCGUCUGCAGUUUGUGCUUUCUCCAUGGCUGAUGUUGUGAGAGCCUUCUCCGGGAGAUACAUGGAGGUGAACAGAGAAACACAGCAGUGGUAUCCUUACAACCAGAAUCCCCCAGAGCCAAGACCUGGCGCAUGUAUCACGGACAGGGCAAGAGCAAUGAACAUAACCUCUUCGUUCCAAAUGCCAGACAAAGUAUUGAAUUUUGCCAAGGACCAUUUUCUGAUGGAAGAGAGUAUCAAGAGUCAUCCCUUGCUAAUGAAGAAGCAUGUUAAAUACACAGAGUUGGCUGUGGACAGGGUCCAGACUCUCCGGGGCCAGUAUGAUGUUCUGUUUGUGGGCACAGAUACUGGGAUAUUGCACAAAGCUAUAAACGUGAAUGAUAAGGUGCACAUUAUAGAGGAGAUUACUUUGUUUGCCGAACCACAGCCAGUGCAGAACCUGAUUCUGGAUUCAAAACAGGGCAUGUUAUACGCGAGUUCGUACUCUGGAGUGGUGCAGCUGUCUGUCUCCAAUUGCAGCGUCUACCACAGCUGUGGGGAGUGUAUUCUAGCCCGGGACCCUUACUGUGCCUGGGACAGGAACAAAUGCAGAGACAUACGGGGACUGCCCAUAGACCCGCUUUGGAAACAGGACAUUGAGAACGGGAGGCCAGGCCAACACUGCCGACAGCUGUCUGAUUCACUGGGCCCCAGGACCAGACGGCCACAUCGACCCAUUGCCUGUGUGAUGGUCACCGUGCCAACCAACAACUUUAAGGUGUUGCCGUGCAGUGUGCAGUCGAACUUUGCCGUGAGGAGUUGGGUCCACAACGGAGUAGCGGCCGACACGGCCUCGCUGGUGCUGCCGGACGGCGGGAUUAUCGCCACUGCGGAGCCACUGGGAGUAUUCGAGUGCUGGGCCACCGAACAAGACUUCAGGCUGCUGGUCGCUAACUACUGCGUGAGCUGGGAUCUCUCGGCCGAAACCACCACCUUGCGCACGUCGAGGAAGUCCAUUGCGGUUUUGGGCCGAGGCUCCGGGCUGCAGGACAACGGGAUCAUGAUCAACCCACUCAGCAGCGAGAGCCGCUUUUCCCAACACACCAACGGCAAGAGCUACUGGACGGAGUUUGUGACCGUGAGCGUGGUCUUUGCGCUGACAGUCGCCAUCGCCUCUCUGGUCUUCUUGUACCGUAACAAGGACAGGAUGAAGUCGCUGAUCAAGGACGGCGAGUGUUCCAACGUGCCGCAGAAGAAGCCCAGGAUGAUCGAGACCCAACACGAAAGCCUCCCGUUAAACGGAAACCCGGUGCAGGUGGCGGCCUCUGACCACCACAAAGGUUAUCAGAGCCUGAAUGACAAACACAUCUGCAGCACACCAGUGCUGGUAAACACAGUUGGUGCCAAGGACCCUGGCUACACCCAGAUCCCAAACAACCAAACCAACCAAAAAAACCUGUACGUGGAGAUAUCGACACACUGCCUGCAGCCGCGAGUGAGAAUCGGGCCAGAGAUUAAAGACUCGGUGGUGUGAGGUUUCACGGGCCAGGCUGAGGUAGCACACAUGCCAACGUAGCCUUGGGAAAAGGGACCAACCGCAGAGAAUUGGAAAGCACAAGGCUCGGCAGCUUGAACGACAGAAACAUUUGUACUGUGCCAUUUAGUCUACCCCUUCAGUAUGCUAACCACAAGCAUGGAUGGUUACUAAUGUCAAGGUCAUGCUUUAGUGAACGUGUGUGUCUGUUGUCACUGGCCAAACUGCAUGGAGCAGCACAAGAGUCACAACCUUCCCAAACGGCCUCAAGGGCCACCAUCACUAUGGCUUUUCUUUGUGUAUUUUAUGGUGGGGUGGAGAGUAAUUGCAAGACUCGUGAAAGUGGACAUUAAGCAAUGCCCUGUGCCAAAUGAACUGGAGCAGGUAUUCAGAGGUCACACCAGGAGUUGGUGGAAGUGGCUAGACUACCUGUAUUGAUUGUACGAGACAUAACCAAACAUCGCUUGUAGCAUUAAGUCAUUUCACUGCAGUCAUUGGGGACUGUAUGGACUGUCUCAACCAGUAUCCUCUGACAAUAUUGCCAAAUGUGGGAAAUCCACGCAAAACCCACUUUUAUGUGACGUGGACAGACUGAUGACUCGCUGCCGAUGAGCUCCUUCAUCAUGUAGCAGACAGAACCAGAGUCCAUUUCUCGUGUUCAAGUAACAAUUGUAACAUAUCUUUGCAGACGGGGGAGAAAUUUGUCACAAAGAUAAGGCUGCGAUUUCAAGAGAAAGGUCACUCGAAUAUUGUACCAGUGAUUUAUUUCUAGUUUGACAGGACUUUUUGUUUGUAUGUGGUUGAGAAAGAAACAAAGUUAGAAGGACUAGU